AUGCGAGUGAUGGGUAAUGAAAAAGCUAGGAAGGUGUACGAACACUCAUUACCUGAUCAUUUCCGCCGCUCAAUGGCAGACCAUCAAAUGGAACAAUUUAUUCGUGCAAAAUAUGAGCAAAAGAGGUACAUUUUGAAUGGUUUUGUUUAUCCUCGGGUAGAUGUUAAUGAUUUACCGAAACCGGGUCAACCCAGCACCAAAAAGAAAACUACAAGUUCUGGACUCACAUCGCCGAAUGCUGCACGGGUAUCUGUCGCUUCUGCUGAGCCGAAAUCGAGUUCGGCUGUUGUUAACGACCUUUUGGAUUUUUCUUCUCCUGCUAGCUCUAACACGCAGAUUAACGGCAAUAAUUCUUUAGUUGGAGAUUUCGCCUCAUUGUCGCUUGCACCUCAACAGGAGGCGUCUGCAAAUCAAAGUUUGGAAGUCGACGAUAUGUUUGGAUCGUUUGCUUCUGCACCGACUAUCGACACAGUCAUGGCUACAGGAGCGUCUCAACAGGCGUCACCUGUGGAUAAGGCGGCGCAGUCCGCGGUAUCUUCUCAAGGAUCUGCUGAUCUAAUGUCUUUAUCUGGUGGGGGAGUGCAAAAUGGCGAGAAAAAAUCUACCGCCGAUAUUCUUUCUCUUUUUGGCGAUCAGUCAAAGGGUCCGACGCAGCCUAUCGUUCCUGUUGGCGGCUUUGCAGCGUUUGGUCUACAAGCGGCACCUCAGCAAUCAGUACCGGCAAUCACCGCCUUAAGUGCGAGUGCUAAAGUACCUGAGAACAAAGCUUUUCCUGGAGCUCCGGCAAUGAUGGGAUUUGCUAGCCCAAUGCCUCAAAUGCCGUACGGAAUAAAUCCACAAGGAUUCCCAAAUCCUUUUGAACAGCCAUCUGGGACCGCGUUGCUACAGGGCUUGCAGUUUGCUCCAGUGUCUGCGGCCCCAAGCCUUGCUGCACAGCCACAAUCGCCAACCGCCUGCUCAACUCGUGCCAAUAACGCGUUUGCUGAUUUAUCGAUUGGAAAGGUACUGAAUAUGAACUACCUGAGUAAGCCUGUAGUACCCUCUUCCACCACCGCUCAACCACAAGCAACCACAACGCCUGCUAACAUGAAUUUUGAUGAUUUGCUUGGAUUA